CGGCGGUGCUGCAGGAGUGCGCGGCGGCCUGGAACAGGACCUUCAGCGGGUGGACGGCAGGCGCGGACUGCUUGCUAGCUGAGGGGAUCACGUGCGAUGCAGAGGGAAUGGUCGACAGCAUGUCCAUUGGGAUCUUGAAUCUGAACGGCACCAUCCCCACCAGCAUCUCCAACCUCACCGCGCUCAAUUACUUUGAUCCUUCCAUGAAUCAUUUCUAUGGGCCUAUCCCCUCUGUCAUCUCACGGCUCUCCCUGCUCGCUAACCUGAACCUUGGCGACACCCGGAUUUCCGGGCCCAUUCCCUCCACCAUCGGGGCACUCAAGAACCUCCAAACUCUGACGCUGACCAACACCAGCAUUUCAGGAUCCAUCCCCUCCAUCAUCUCCGCCCUCUCCUCUCUCACCUACUUUGACGUGUCCAACACUCGCCUCAGCGGCACAAUUCCCGGUACUAUUGGUCAGCUCGCCAAUCUCGUGUACUU